AUGCGGAAACCCGAAGCCUUGCGGGCAGCGACAUGUCGAUUGAACAAGGACACGGCGGGGCGCCAACAAUGGAAGACGAAGACAUGGGCGACGCUGCAGCCAGCCCGUCAGUCGUUUGGAACACUCGCCCAAGCGAAUGCUAUGGAAGUCAUCGAAACUCCACAACAAACCCAGCCCGCUACUGCUCCCGACGUGACAGAGCAGUACUCUUCUUCUCCGCUGGAAUUCCAAUUGGUUACGGGCGACCGGUUCAACCCAGCUCCCAAGCGGCCAUUGUCACCACUGUCACCGCACGUGACAACGUCAAACCGCUAUGCAUUGCUCCAAGAAGACGACCUGGAUCUUUCGUUGGAGGACUUUGCGCUGCCUAGAGUUGUCGUGGAAGACCCCGAAUUUCCUCGCGCAACCACCCUAGCAAAGAAAAGCCGACCCAACAAGUCCAAACACGCGCACUUUGAACGGGCGACCAAGCUGAUUCGAGAGAAGGAUGUCGAAUCCAACAUCUUGGCUGACCAAAUGGGGUUGAUUAAUGAUGUCGCGAUGUCGAGUGUGCGUGGUCGGUUUGAGAAGGCCGCUAGCCGCACCCGCGACACCCCCACGAUGGGCGCAUAG